GGUCGAGCACUGGAUUCAUUUGGCGUCAUUUUGUAUUAUUUGUUACUUUUUGUUUGAAAAUAAAUACGUACCUUUUGGGAUGCUUUACUUGUAACAAUAUUUUACAUGACGUAAUAUUGGAAGCACAUCUAUUGCAUUUCAUAAAGAAAUAUAAACAUGACUGUUGGACGCGAUUUUCAACGAUUUAAUCGAGAAUCAUGAAAUGGGUUUUUCUGGACUUCUGGCUCUGUAGAAAGAAAAAUACGAUUAUUGCUCAGAAUCUUAAGUAAAUUGUGAUAAGCUAAAAAAAAAAACAAAUUUGAAUUGUCCUGAGAUACAGUAAAGGUUACAAGCAAAAUGGAUAUCAGUGAUAUUGGUGGUUUGUCAUCGGAUGUAGCCAGUGAAGACACCCUUGAAAGUGAAAUUGAUGCUUUAUCGAAGAUAAUUACUGAUACUAAAGAUGAUAUUCACAAAAUGGACGAUAAUGAUGAUGUUUUCAAGUUAGAUAAUAACGAGAUUUCUUUUGCUGAUAGUUUGCAGGGACACUCCGCAAAAAGCAAUAAAUGUGAACUAAUAUCAGAUGACAACAUAGCUCUAAGUGAUAUUUUAGAUGGUUCCAGAGAAUUAGACAAUUUUAUUUCUACUUCUAAUGUAGACAGUGACUUACAAGAAGUUUUAGGAGAAACUUUUGAAACCAUUGAAGACUCAAAUAGUAAAAAUAACCAAUUAGCCAAUGAAACUACUGACCAUAAAAAUGAGGAAAUUUAUUUCCCAGCUCAACCAUCAUGUGUAAAUAAUGUUACAUUAUUAAAUGAAAGUGACAAUAGGCAAAAAUCUCCAAGCCAUUCACAAGAUCAGCCUGUCUUAAUACUGGAAGAUGAAACCAAUCACUCUACGACUAGAAGCGAUAUGCAUCAGCAACUUAUAGAAAAAAGUGAAAGCAAUUCUGUUGUUAAUGAAAUGGAUCCGACUGACUGCUUAUCUGAAUUUAUGAAGAAAGAUGACUCACAGAAUGUUUUUAAAGAACAAUUCGAUGCUGUUGAAGAAUCUGAUCUUAAUAGUCUAGUUACAAAAAGUACAGAGAACAAAUCUAUAGGUCAGACUAAUUUUACUCAAGCACUUCAUUUUCCAUCUGAAAAUUCUGACAAUUCAGAUGUUAUCAUCAAUAGCAAAGAUAACUUGGAAGAGGGGUCAGCAAUGGAUACAGAAGAACAAUAUAUAAAAAAUGAAAUUGAAAAUUCAAACAUUCCAGCAAUUGAAGUUAUUAAUUAUGCCAAAGACACUAAUAUUCAUAAAAUGAAUAUUGAAAUGUCUAUUCUUCACCAAGAAAAAAAUACAGAGAAAGAUGAAAAAAUAUAUAAAUCUGAAGAAAUACAAGAUUUAAACCAAAUAGAGAUUACUCAAGUAAAUAAAAGUUGUUCUACAAAGGAUACUGCACAAGAAAUUAUUACUAGUGAUACUAAAAUCCAAGACUCCACUGAAAAUUGUCAAAUCAUUGAUGAACAACUUGAUAAAGAGGAAAACAUUGAAAAUAAGGAUUUUAAAUCUCAUCAAAAAGCAAAUACUCUUGAUAAAAAUAUACAUGUAAAAGAUAUUAACGAAGAUAAAAAUGAAAAUAGUGUAAUAUCUGAAUGUAAUAAGUUAGUCCAUGGCAAUGAAUUCUCUAAAAUUGAUGAAUUGAAAGAAGAUAAUUCAGCUUAUCUAGAAAAUGAUAGUGUUUCAGAAACAAAUUGCAACUUGGAAGAUAAAAGUGAAAAUAUAAAAGACUCUAAAGAUAUUGAUGCAAUAAAAGAUGUAUACAAAAAUAAUGAUGAUCAAAAUAGUGACAAUACAAAAGUCGUUUUGGAAGGCCCUUCAAGUAUAAAUACAGAAAUAAAAAUACCAAUAAUUUCUGAAAAAAUAGAUACUAAUGUUUCACAAAAUAAUAUUGAAAAGGAUGAACAACCAAUCUUAAGUAAAAAUGAACAGGAAACGGAUUUUAAAUUAUCAUUAGAGUCGUCAAUAGAACUGCAAAAUAACAGUUCGUUGAUUACACAAGGUGAACCUAAAGAUAUUGUCAUAUUAAAUUAUCCUAUAUCUGACAGCAUUGUCAAUGCCGAAUCAACAGAAACAAAAGAAAACUUAGAUGAAAAUAAAAUUCCGAACGUAAUUCAAGAAAAUGUCAGUAGUAUUGAACAAGAUUUGGACUCUCAAGGAUCUAUAUCCCAUAUACUGAAUGAAGUAGAAAAAGACUUAGAUUCAGGCUUGAAUAAUGUAAUAGAAACAAAGGAAGCUGUUACUAAAAAUAUGAGUAAUUUUGACAACUCAGAAGUAUUGAAUUCAUCAAACCAAAAUACGUCAUCACUAGAAGAAAAAUCUCAAGAUUCAUUAUUAAUCAUUAAUUCUAUACCGGAUCAAAUUGACAACAAGAAAUUAACAUCUAAUAGAAAGACACAGGAUAUAACAUUUCAGGAUUCGAGUCAGUUAUCAGUCCCAAUGCAGAGUGAUAAUUUUAUAAACGAUCUAUACAACACUUGCAUGCCAGAUCAUACAACUGAGUUUGGCAAUACAGAUAUGGAAAGUAUUAAAGAGAGCAUUGAUUUUGAAAAUUCAAUACCAGUAUUAAAAACUGGAGAUCAACAACUCUUGGAGACAGAUGCAUUGGAAGUGGAAAAUAUUGAAGAAAAUAAUGAUUUAAAAACUGCACAAUCUGUAUUGGAAAUUGAAAAUCAACGACCUUUGGAAUUAGAUGCAUUAGUAAAUCCAGCAUUGAAACUUAAUGAUCCAAAUCUUUUGAAAAAAGAUACAGUCGAAAUUGAAAAUACUGAAAGAAGUACUGAACUUGAAAAUUCGAAAUCAUUAAUGGAAAUCAAAGAACGAAUGGAAAAUAUUGAACAAAGUAGUGAUUUAGAAAAAUCAAAGUCAGAUAUGGAGAUUGAAAAUCAAGUUAUUGAAAUGGAUACAUUAAAGAUAACAAAUAUAGAAGAAAAUAAUGUUUUAGAAGAUCCAAAAUCAGCAUUAGAAAUUAAAGAUCAACAACUUUUGACAAGAGAUGAAUCAGAGAGUACUGCAGAGUUCAUACUUGAGGAAACUGAAAAAGUUAUUGAUGAAUCAUCAGUUGAAAUUUCAGAGUUGGAGUCUGCAGUCAAAUUUCUUCAGGAGUCAGAGCAAACCCAUGGUUCACAAGUGGAGUCAACUAAUGAAGAAAAUUCAAGUAUAUUCGUUUCUGUGGAAGAAAGUGAAUGUGGCAAUGCUUCCGAGCUAAUAUCAGAUUUAUCAGAGGCAUCACUCGAUCCAAUAGCAAUAUCAGAAGCUGAAAUUAUAUCUGAAGCUGCUAAAUUAGAAAACGAACGGAAAGAAAAGCUUGAACUAGAAAAGCUUGAGUUGGAAAAACUUAAAAGUGCAAGUCAAGAAACAGGCGAAUUCAAAGAUGUUGAUGAAAAUUUAUUAACUAAUGUUGAAUCUAUUGAAAAAUCAAACGAAUCGUCAGAAACGACUGCAGAAGAUAUCUUACAGAUUUCGAUCAACACAAGGCUAACAUCAGAAUUCUUACCAAAAACCGGAGUAUUAGAUGAGCGAUACAAGGAGCCCCCAAAAAUUGAAAUCCCAGAAACAUCAAAGCUCGUUGAGUUGCCGAACACCGCUCUAUUGAUACAAAAGCAGCGACUAGAUUCACCUGAUAGGCAAACGACAAGUGGAGAGCCAAAAAUCAGUGAUACACCAACAAAAAAAGAUAAUAGCGAUAAGCAGCAGCCGGAAUGCGAGAAUGUAGGUUCCCCGAGAAUCAUUUUGAAAAUCGCUAAAUCAGCUAUAACUGAGUGCUCAGAGCCGCGUUCGCCUAAAAGCCCCAAAGUUCGCUCGUCUGACUCACCGAAUCCCGAGGACAGCCUAUCCAGUCAGAAACUUGGCAAGAUCAAAUUGAAACUAUCAAAGGGUGGACAUCCAUCGAUUAUACCAAGCGGUGAUAGUCAUCAAGAGGAGACUUGGCACGCUGAUUGUACUUCUUCCUCGCUCUCCCCGAUGGGUAUGAAGAUCAAAAUCACCAAGUCAGCUGAGUCUUCUGAAGAAUCGCAAAAGUUGGAAGAGGUGAAUGAGAAACUCGUCCAUAAAGUUGAUGAUUCAAAAAAACCAGAGGCUCCGAUUGGUAUGAAAAUCAAACUAUCCAAGACUGGCGAUGCAUCGAUUGUUCAACAAGACAACAAAGAGACUACACAGGAAACGACAAUGGGUAAAAAGCAAGAUUCUCCUUCGCUUGGUAUGAAAAUUAAGUUGUCCAAAACCGGUGAUGCGUCUAUCAUUCAACAAGACAAAUCGGAAUACAGCGAAGAUGAUAGUUCGAGACGUACCGAAUCACCAAUCGGUAUGAAAAUAAAACUAUCUAAGUCUGGAGAUGCCUCGGUAAUAUCUAGUGAUCCACCUGAGUCUGCUAAAGAAAACAUCGACGAGCCAAUAAAACGUACAGACUCGCCAAUAGGAGUAAAGAUUAAGUUAGCUAAAAACAAAGGAGGCAGUGCGUCUAUCAUAUCGACGGAGACUGUCGAAGAACUUGGAGACAGUUCAAUCGCCAAAGCUGGUUUAGGCAUGAAAAUAAAGCUAUCCAAGAGCGGUGAUGCUUCUGUUGUACACACCAUUAAAGAAGACAUUCAUGAAUCAAUGGAACAACAUAUUGGUAUGAAAAUUAAACUUUCAAAAACUGGCGAUCCAUCAAUUAUCCCAUCGGUAUUCUCAAGAGAAUAUGAAGAUAUUACUCAAAAAUCUAAACACUCGAAACAUAAAGAUCAUGGAAUUGCCAGUCAAAGAUCCAAAGAUGAUUCUCAUCUAGAAAUGAAGAUCAAACUCUCCAAGACUGGGCAUCCAACUAUUAUAACACCCACUGAUAUAAAUCCUCUGAAAACAUCAACUAUUCCAAUCGCUAAGUCACAAGCAGAUCAUACAGAUAUAAUAUCAUUCAAGCAAAGCCAUUCGGAUGUAACCAUUGAGCCCAUCAAAAGUCAGCUAGUUAAUAAUGCAAUGGUAGAUUUACACGGCAAGCGAAAAGAAAUUACUAUAGCUCCGGUUGAAUCAAAAAAAACAAAGGUUGAUACAACUACAAAACAAAUGCUACCUGAUAUUACUAUUCAGCCCAUUUCAACGAAGAAAGAGGUCCAUCAACAAUCGCAAAAAUUAGUUUUAGAAUCAAACACUGGCAGUAUCAGCCGACAACAGAUGAGCGUUAUCAAUCAAGAAAUAAGUAUUACUCAAGUCCGUUCUAUACGAGGUGGUCAUUCAGUGAUGAGCGAGCACCGUAAGAAUACUCUUAACGUGCCAACCGAACAUUCGGCACCGUCAUCCGCCGACUGUGAGAUAAUCGAGGCACGGCCAGAACUAAUAAUCGUCAAUGAAAACUCGAAUUCCAGCCAGGACGUGAUGAUCAUCGAAGAAGUGCCACCUGUGAAGACUCCGAAAAAGCGUGGUCGACCUAGGCGCAAUGCACUUCCAGCUGUUUCCACUUUUCCAGGCAUGGAUCCAUCAAGAGAUCCAUUAAGUUUGGAUCAAUCAGGAAUGCGCGUGCAGAUUCCAUCACAGUUACAAGUACAGGCAACGAUGCUGCAGCAGGUACCACCGCAACAUAUUAUUCCUCCGACUGGAGAUGGCUCUGAAAGACCAAGAAGAACUUGCAGAAACCAAAAGAGCUAUGCGCCUCCAAAGAGAGGCAGGGGACGAGGCCGUGGAAAACGGAAAAAUGAAGCAAUAGACAUUCCUGCAAAAAAGCCACGCGUAGAACAAGAAUUCAUUGGGAUAGAACACAAUGCCAAACCUGUAAUAACAUUAGAGAAAUUACCGGUGGAUACCAAUAGCAGCAUGAAAAAUUCGCCAGAGCUAUUCAGAGCGUUGAAUCAACCAAUACUCAAUCAAAUUGCUCAGCAACCUCGCGAAGUCGAGAUAAUCCCCAUGACUGAGUCGGCAAAAGCUUCGUCGGAAUGUGAAGUCAUGAAAAUGUCCGAUCGAAGCACAUCAGCAGUACAGGAAGGUGGUAUGGAAGUGAUUAAAAUACCAUCUCGUCGUCAAGUGACAAGCAUGCAUCUGUCCAGUGAUUCCCACAUGGUACAAGCACCGAUACUCGAUGACAAGGGUGCUGUGAUCAUAAAAGUUACAAGAGAUGAGCAGGGAAAGCAAUCCGAUGCCGUAGAUAAUGGCAAAGAAGCAAUUCAGUCCACACAAAAUUGGCUCGCGCCAUCAAUCAAGAAGGUAACAGGGGAUGCACUCAGCAGAAACGAAACAAUUUCUUCGCUAACUGUCAUCGAUGAGGAGACUCGAAUGAGUGCCGAAUCAAGUUCGAGGUCGCAAACUCCUGCGCGUAACAUGUCGGCACCAGUGGAUACGCUGGUAAACGAGGAGUCGCAGAACAGCGUGUUGAGCACUGCGACAACCGAGAGCGAGAAGGUGAAACAACCGAAAAAUCGGCGCAUGGAAAUCAGCUUCGAUCCCGACGAGGGCCCAUUCACUGUCGACAAAAUCGCCGAAUAUGAGUGGCCAUCGUCCGACAAAAUUAACGAGCUCAAGCCUGUCGGUAGCCGUGGCGAGACUUUCAUGAUUCAAGAACAAAUCUCUCAGUAUCUCGGCGUCAAAAGCUUCAAACGCAAGUAUCCUGAUCUCAAGAGGCGCAUGGUUGACAUGGAGGAAAGGAACUUUCUCAGGGAAAACGCUCUCGUGAGCGAGUCCAUGUGUGAUAUGGGUCUGACGGCGGUUUCAAGCUCAGAGGUGCUUGACAUAAUGUGUAGCGAUUUCCCAGAACAGUACGAAGAGUACCGCAAACAUAUGCGAGAAAAAGCAGCUAAGGAGCAUUCAAAGAAACAAAAGGAGCUGUCGGCAGCAGCCAAUGCCGAGCGCAACAGAAUCGAUCUCGCUGAAAUGGCCAUGCAGUCAGCCAUCUCUUGGAAUUCUGGUUUCAAUAAAGCGCGCCAAGAGUCGCGCAGAUGUAGCCUUGACCUGCAGACUUUCACAAUACACAUGCCCAGGCGUCCGCCCAAAUACGAUCCGUUUAGACGAGGAAGUAACUACCCCUGCGCACUUAUCACCGGCCAGUACACCGACUAUUUCAGAGAGUAUAAACCUGCCGAACUUCGAUAUUAUCCAUUGAACACUGUAGUUUAUGGACCUACAAGACCAAACGAGAGAAAGUUCGACAGUCAGUCCGAGGGCUCUCAAAGUGAUAGCGACAGCGAUUCAUCGUCGGACGACUCAAGCUCAACGUCUAGUGAAGGCACUCAGGAUACCGAAGGUUCCCAAUCGACGAUGGACGAAGUAGAUAUGGAGCUAACUCUUGAUCCAUCUAUUAAAUGUAAAAUGUGCUCAAAUCAUCUAAAUAAAAACAAUCGACCCGAAACCCUUAUAGUGUGCGGCACUUGUAACGGAAAUGUUCAUCCUUCGUGUAUUGAAUUGACACUGGAUAUGGUGCCCCACAUUAGAGCCUACGCGUGGCAAUGCACAGAUUGCAAAACAUGCGCUCAAUGUCACGAUCCUGCCGAUGAAGAUAAAAUGCUCUUCUGUGAUAUGUGUGAUAGAGGGUAUCAUAUUUACUGCGUGGGCCUGAGGAGAGUGCCACAGGGCCGGUGGCAUUGCCAAGAAUGCGCUGUAUGCGCAAACUGCGGAUCCAAAGAACCCGGAGGUGCUAAUUCAGACAGAAAUAGCGUGGCACAAUGGCAGCACGAGUUCAAAAAAGGUGACAAAAACACAAGAGUAUAUGUCUCCACAUUCUGCGUUCCUUGUUCAAAGCUCUGGCGAAAAGGUCGCUAUUGUCCGCACUGCAGCCGCUGUCAUAAUGCUACACGACUCGACCAGGAGCCAAAUCUUGUGCAUUGCGGAGCAUGUGACAAAUAUCUGCACUUGGAAUGCGUGGAAACCAAGGGAAUGACAAUUGACAGGAGAAAUUAUCUGUGUGAGUUUUGCUCUCCUAAUCGACAACAUCUCGUAAAACCAUUGACGUCAAAAACUUUUAAAACGUAG